AUGUCGCCAGAAGUGGAAGAGAACUCCCCAGGUGAGUGUAAUUUUUUAAAAUAACAAGUAUUACAAUAACAAUGGUAAUAACAUUAUUAUUAUUGUUGUUGCAUUGUUAUAUUGUAACGAUAGCUAUGACUUCAAUGAAUUCAAAGCAGCAAGGCAGAUGUCAAAGACCCCAGCUAGCUAGCUAUAGCUAAGUUUAGUUAGGCUCUAACGUUAGCUUCAACAGCAGGUGUUUUGUUUUUACUACAUAAUAGCUAACUAGAUAUAGGCACUAACGUUACUGUGCAUCUCGGAUGCACAUCUAACUAGCUAAGUAUGGACAUAUUACAUGUUACUGUUAUAGGUAGUUCACCUGUCACUUAAGACUGAGUUCAAGAGACCUCACUUGCUGGUUUUGCUACCUUAACGUUACACUAGAGUUACCCAGCUAACAUCUACCUACCUGUCAGAUGAUUAGGCUAUCCAGGUAUGGUAUCCCAAAUUAGCGACACAUCCCUCACAAAUAUGUGAUGCAGCAUGAUCGUCAAGCCAAGCCCUCUUGAUUUAACUGGACUAUACUGUAGUGUGCACCUGUUGAAAACUCAAAAAGGCAGGUGCCAAUCCUGUUCACACAUUAGAUUCUUGUUGCAGCCCAGAAGCUGUACCAUGCUCCAUUCAUCUGUGAUUGUGUUCGCAGGGGUCACAGUGACACCUAACUAAUGCCAAGGCUAAAGUUUAGAUUCCUGGUUAGACAGGAACCAAGUGUAGCCUCCCUGUAUGUGAGUGUUCUACAACUUUGCCAAGAGGUCUGGACCUCUGUUAGCAGUUUUGCUUGCUGGUUCAAGAUCCACUCCAACUGUUCCACCUUAAUAACACUACAUCGAUCACACAAACCUGCAUUGUGUAGGGCAGGCUAGCUUUCUGUCAGAACCAUCAGUCACUGUCUGAUGGGUUGAGUAUGCUCCAGUGAAUAGGCCAACUAAGGAUUAUAGCAAACCAACCCACCUCUCAUGCCAGACUUGCUAUGUCUGUGAAAGCGGAUAUCAAAGCAUAUUCUAUUCUAUUAGUAUCAGAUUCUCUCUCUCUCCUGCUCUCCCUCUCCCGCUCAUACACUCCCUCUAACUGCUCUGAUCUGGAAAAAACUGCUUUCCUAAUGUGCAUCCGGAUCAGAGCGGCUGACAUCGAUAUCAUAGAAGGCGCACAGUAAUGAACUGUCAGAACAAUUGGUUUGUUUGAGAGGAAGAAAGAGAAAGACAGAGCGAAAGGAAAUGAAAGCUUUGUUUUAGUCAGUGGUGAAACAGACACCUCGGGCUGGAAUAUUGUAGUACCGCAGCACACAACUCAGUGUUUGGGAAUUGGGAAGAGAGAGAGAGAGUAGGAAAGAGAGGGUAGGAGAGACAGAGAGAGGGUAGGAGAGGGUCUGAGAGAGAGGGUAGGAGAGAAUGGGUAGGAGAUGGUCUGAGAGAGAGGGUAGGAGAGAAAGGGUAGGAGAGGGUCUGAGAGAGAGGGUAGGAGAGAAAGGGUAGGAGAGAGAGGGUAGGAGAGGGUCUGAGAGAGAGGGUAGGAGAGAAAGGGUAGAAGAGAGGGGGAGCAUUAAUUGUAAGAUUUGCUUACUUGUCAAUAGCUCAUUGAUUUGAAUUGAGAAGGAGGGAAAAAUAAAGAGGGAGAGAAGAUGCAAGAAAGGCAUCUUGACCAUUAAAGCCAAUUGCAUUUCCAGUAGUCAGAGCCUAGCUACCCUACAACCCUACACUCUUAGAAAAAUUUUGCUAUCUAGAACCAGAAAGGGUUCUUCAGCUGUCCCCAUAGGAUAACCCUUUGAAGAACCCCUUUUGGUUCCAGGUAGAACCCUUUUGGGUUCUAUGUAAUACCCUUUCCUCGGAGGGUUCUACAUGGAACCCAAAAGAGUUCUACCUGGAACCAAAAAGGGUUCUACAUGGAACCAAAAAGGGUUCUCCUAUGGGGAGAGCCGCAGAACCCUUUUGGAACCCUUUUUUCUAAGAGUGUACAUUACAGUAGGAGUACUGCCCGCUUUUACAGCAGGUGGUAAAUGUAGGCCUAAGCUUAGACUGCUGACUGAAGAACUGCACUGUCUGGAGGUCAUAGGCUUAGAGAGGAUUUAAUAAAUAUUUCAUAUUGUUGUGUAAUAGGACUAACAAUGUUCUGCUUUGUCACUCAGCUCUUUUAGAAAUAUAGAGGCAGUAGACAUAGCCUACCAUACAUAUAACUACAAGUUUCCACCAUGCUUAUAGUCACUCCAUCUUAAUGAUGGGGGGGGGGGGGGGGCUUUUUGGCACUCACUGUGACUCACUGCAACUUUGCGAGUUUGUGACUCCAAUGAUUGAUUAUGUAAUUUUGUUGAUUGGUGGACCUUUAUGUUUAUGUGGCUGUAAAAGGUUGGUUGAUUUACAAGGCAAGCUAAUGGCUUUUAACCCCUCUCUUUCUUUCUUGCUCUCUCCACUCUUCCUCCAUACCAUCCCCCCCUCUCUCUCCCAGGUGAUGUGCGGCUCUCCCAGAUGGAAGCAGGGAUUCCAUCAGAGGAGGAGGGUGGUGUGGCUCGCCCCCUAGUCCCUGUGCCUGGGGUUGGGGCGGGGUCAGGGGGGUGUGAGGGAGGGGGAGGACAGACCCAAACACAGCCUCAGGUCCAGGCUACAGCAGUACCAUAUGUGGAGAGAGAGACCUGGACCAGACAGAUGGACUUCAUCAUGUCCUGUGUGGGCUUCGCUGUGGGGCUGGGCAACGUGUGGCGCUUCCCUUACCUCUGCUACAAGAACGGUGGAGGUGAGCUCACACACACACACAAUGUAUAUACACACACAAAAACAAACCAACAAACAGUAUACUCACACACAUCUUCAGCAUAUGCACAGCACACACAGACAUACUCAGACUUAAUUAAACACACUGAAACAGACUUGCACUCAGCAUAUGCACACACCCUCACUGACACUGUCACAAACUCCUACAUAAUGACACCCCAAUUAUUUAAUAUGCAAAACAAACAGUUGGACUGAUAUGACGGAAAGGCAAUUUGAAGUAAAGAGAAAGAGGGAGUAAAGAGAAAGAGGGAGGAAAGAGAAAGAGAGAGGGAGGGAGGGAGGAGAGAAGAGAUAGAGGGAGACCAAGCAGGGCUUGCAUGAGUGUACGCACGUAGCCGUAAUAGCCAUGCCCCUCAUAUGGUGACACUUGAGCACACUCCCCUCCUUUCUCUCAUUCUCUUGCUACUGUAACCUGUCCUUUCCACCUUUGCUCUUUAUUUCUUAUCUCUCUGUCCCUCCUACUUUUAUGAGAUGUUUGAAUAAAAGUGAGUGUUUUUUUCUCUCUCUCUCUCUCUCUCUCUCUCUCUCUCUCUCUCUCUCUCUCUCUCUCUCUCUCUCUCUCUCUCUCUCUCCCUCUUCUGUCUUGUGACCCCUGACUAUGAUACCCACCUUCUCAUAUCGUUUAACAAUGGCCUGCCUCACACAGUCAACCCCCCCCCCCCCCCUGCACCCUGCACACAAAGGUGCUUUCUCCUCUCCUCCCCUGAUAGUAAGGGACAUAUGGAUGCAUGUCACACAAUAAGCGUCCUGUGCCCGUCCUUCCCUCUGUGUCAGCAGUGCCACUGCGACGCCACGUUUGGUGUCCUUGACCAACCCAGGCCAGGGGACGUCUCGUAACACAACAUCGGCAUCAGAUAAGACUGAGUACUGGGCACUCACAGGCUCUCAGACCUGUUCUCUUUACUCAAACAAACACCCACCGACGGAUAUUUGACUGACUAAAGUGGAGGACAGAUAGAGGCAAUUAAUUUGAAGGGGAUUGUUGUUUUUAUAUUGAACCCUGUUGUCCUAUAUUUAGUCUAGUCUAUACUUUGAGAGAAGUUAAUGUGUGAAAUGAUGAUGGAGAGUCUAAUACAGUAGUGGCUUAGGGAAAAUCAUUAUUAUUUUUCAUUCUUUCUUUUUUGUCUUUCCAAACCUCUUUAAUCCAUUCAGUCUUCCUAAUCUCUCUCUCUCUCUCUCUCUCUCUCUCUCUCUCUCUCUCUCUCUCUCUCGCUCUCGCUCUCGCUCUCGCUCUUGCUCUCUCUCUCGCUCUCGCUCUCGUUCUCUCCUUAUCCCACUCCCCCCCUCCUCUCUCUCUCUCUCUCUCUCUCUCUCUGAACUCUUCCUUAUAUGGCUUCGGCUGUCUGAUCUCAGUGAAUGAGACGGGGAGAAGGAGGGAGACGGAGAGGGAGAGAAUCAGAAUGUCCCUAUCACCAGAUGAGAUCAUUGUGUUUUCAUGUCUCAGAUCUCUAUUUUCUCCUCUUCUUUAUCACCUUAUCAUCCAAUUUUCCGGUCCAUCUUUCCUUCUUACAUUCUCCUGUUAUGAUACCUCUCUUUUUUUUCUCCACAUCUGAACAGCCAGUCUCCUCCCUGUGUCAUUCUCAUGUGACUCCCUUCCUUCUAAGUAUUGGUAUGGUCCUCUGUAUAUAGUUUCAUCAUACCGGACAUACCAAUAUCUCUGGGGUGGGGGGUUUGGAUGAAUGUUGUGUUUGUUUUGUCGCUGUACUUCCAGUUUUAGAGGUGUUUUGUUGCUAAGGCAUGUUAGGAAGCUGCAGUGGCAGUAAAAACUAGCGCAUCAGAUUAAAAACAAAUUGAUUUAUGAUGUAGCUGUUGACCUUCUCCUUUGUUGUUGUCAGCUUUGCUCUGUUCUAUUUGAUGAUCUAUUUCUGCUUUAUGUGUUUGCCAAAUAAAAUUAUCUCAGAUAAAAGUAUCCCAAGUAAAAUACAUUAUAUAUACAAACGUAUGUGGACACCCCUUCAAAUGAGUGUAUUCGGCUAUUUCAGCCACACCAGUUGCUGAAAGGUGUAUAAAAUUGAGCACACAGCCAUGCAAUCUCCAUAGACAAACAUUGGCAGUAGAAUGGCCUUACUGAAGAGCUCACAGACUUUCAAUGUGGCAGUGUCAUAGGAUGUCACCUUUCCAACAAGUCAGCUUGUCAAAUUUCUGCGCUGCUGCCCUGGUCAGCUGCCCCGGUCAACUGUAAGUGCUGUUAUUGUGAAGUGGAAACAUCUAGGAGCAACAACGGCACAGCCACGAAGUGGUAGGCCACAGAAGCUCACAGAACGGGACUGCCGAGUGCUGAAGGCGUCACUACAGACCCGGGUUCGAUCCCAGGCUGUGUCACAACCGGCCGUGACCGGGAGUCCCAUAGGGCGGAGCACAAUUGGCCCAGCGUCGUCCGGGUUAGGGGAUGGUUUGGCCGGGGGGGCUUUACUUGGCUCAUCGCGCUCUAGCGACUCCUUGUGGCGGGACAGGCACCUGCAGGCUGACUUCGGUCGUCAGUUGAACAGUGUUUCCUCCAACACAUUGAUGCGGCUGGCUUCCAGGUUAAGCGGGCGAGUGUUAAGAAGCGCAGUUUGGCGGGUCAUGUUUCGGAGGACAAAUUACUCGACCUUCGCCUUUCCCAAGCCCGUUAGAGAGUUGCAGCGAUGAGAUAAGAUCGUAAUUGGAUCGCAAUUGGAUAUCACGAAAUUGGGGAGAAAAAGGGGGUAAAAAACAAUCAAAAUCAUAUUUAAUAAUUUUAAUCUGUCCUCGGUUGCAACACUCACUACCGAGUUCCAAACUGCCUCUGGAAGCAACGUCAGCACAAGAACUGUUCGCCGGGAGCUUCAUGAAAUGGGUUUCCAUGGCCGAGCAGCCGCACACAACCCUAAUAUCACCAUGUGCAAUGCCAAGCGUCGGCUGGAGUGGUGUAAAGCUCGCCGCCAUUGGACUCUGGAUAAUUUGUUUACAUUUUAGUCAUUUAGCAGACGCUCUUAUCCAGAGUGACUUACAAUUAGUGAGUGCAUACAUUUUGGAGCAGUGGAAACGCGUUCUCUGGAGUGAUGAAUCACGCUUCACCAUCUGGCAGUACGAUGGACAACUCUGGGUUUAGCGGAUGCCAGGAGAACGCUAUCUGGCCCAAUGAAUUGUGCCAACUGUACAUUUUGGUGGAGGAGGAAUAAUGGUCUGGGGCUGUUUUUCAUGGUUCGGGCUAGGCCCCUUAGUUCCAAUGAAGGGAAAUCUUAAUGCUGCAGCAUACAAUGACAUUCGAGACGAUUCUGUGCUUCCAACUUUGUGGCAACCGUUUAGGGAAGGCCCUUUCCUGUUUCAGCAUGACAAUGCCCCCGUGCACAAAGUGAGGUCCAUACAGAAAUGGUUUGUCGAGAUCAGUGUAGAAGAACUUGACUGGCCUGCACAGAGCCCUGACCGCAACCCUAUCGAACACCUUUGGGAUGAAUUGGAACGCCGACUGCGAGCCAGGCCUAAUUGCUCAACAUCAGUGCCCGACCUCACUAAUGCUCUUGUGGCUGAACGGAAGCAAGUCCCCACAGCAAUGUUCCAACAUCUAAUGGAAAGCCUUCCCAGAAGAGUGGAGGCUGGGGGGGACCAACUCCAUAUUAAUGCCCAUGAUUUUGGAAUGAGAUAUUCGGCGAGCCGGUGUCCACAUACUUUUGGUCAUGUAAUGUAUGUAUGCAUCCAAAGGUGACAUUUUCAUUUCACCUCAAGCUUUUGAGUCAGUUAUACUGUAAAAGGGACAUAUAGGAAGGUUAUAUUUUACAAGCAAGAAUCCCUCCUAGUGUACUUUCACUUUUACUGGCUGUCUCUUUCUCAUUCUCUUUCAUUCUCUCUCCUUAUCCAACCUACUUUCUAUCUUUCUCUCUCUCCAAAAGACAAUGCCAGGCACUCAUGCCCAAACACUAAAGGAAUUAUCUCCCUCUCCCUCUCAAUACACCUCCUCUUUAUCUAUGGCCUUGUCUACCCUCCUCUCCUCCUCCCCUCCUCCCGCUCUCUCUCUCUUUCUCUCACUCACUCAAUCUGGCCUUCCUUCUCUCCUCCCUUGUCACUGCAAUGCAAUAACAUUAUGCUAGAUACGUUUUAGCCUAAAUGCCAGCUCUAGUUCUUCAGCUUGCGAUACGUCUCGCUUUCUCUCUCCCUCCCUCUCUUAGUCUCUCUCGCUCUCUCUCUCAUGAGCAUGUAGAAAUAUAAAUCUGUUAUUGAGAGACUUGUAUCUGUCCACAACAAGUUGAACACUAGAUAUACAAGUAUGCACUAAGCCUAUAUUUGCUAGAUUUGUCACAUAAUAGAGGUUGUGUUGGGUUGUAUGUUAGUGAAAUAUAGCCUAUGUGUUGUGUAGCGUGUGGAGUUGUGUUGCUAAUGUGUGUGUGUUGCGUGUUGUAGGCGUGUUCCUGAUCCCCUACAUGAUUAUUGUGUUCAUCGGAGGUAUUCCCGUGUUCUUCCUGGAAAUCGCUCUUGGUCAGUUCAUGAAGCAAGGAGGGGUCUCUGCAUGGAACAUUGCCCCUCUCUUUAAAGGUACUGUAAUGUGAAUGUGUGUGUUUAUUACAUUAAUGGAGAGUGAAUAAAUGUUUCUGAGGUAGGUUUUUUCUUGUUUUAUUCUGCAACCCCUCUUUCUCACACAUCCUUUCUCGUCCCCCUAUAAUAUAGGCUAGCAUUUGGUUGUUCAAACCACAAAUUUAGUCAUAGAUGUUGCCAUUAUGUAACUGAAACAACUGUCAGAACAACAGUUUUCUCGCAACAAGACUUGAUUAAUGAAAUUUUGACAUAAGAGCUGUUGUGAAUAUGUUGAUUCUGUUAGAACUUGCAGUCCAGCUCCUCUGUCACAUCAUGGCAUCAUCAUCAACUUCCAACCUACACUCAGUGGCCAGUUCACGAAAAUGGUUCACUCCUACAGACAUUGAGUCACGUGGCCGUGGCUUGUUAUAUAAAGCAGGCAGACGGGCAUCAAGGCAUUCAGUUACUGUUCGAUUGAACGUUAGAAUGAUCAAAACGAAUGACCUAAAUGACUUUGUGCGUGGUAUGAUCGUCGGUGCCAGGCGCACCGGUUCCAGUAUCUCAGAAACGUCUGGCCUCCUGAGCUUUUCACGCACGACAGUGUCUAAAGUUUCCCGAGAAUGGUGCGAUAAACAAAAAACAUCCAGCAGGCGGCAGUCCUGUGAGCGAAAACAACUCGUUGAUGAGAAAUUGAAGGAGAAUGGCAAGAAUCGUGCAAGCUAACAGGCCGGCCACAAACAGGCAAAUAAUGGCGCAGUACAACAGUGGUGUGCAGAACCACAUCUUGGAACGCACAACUUGUCAGUCCUUGUCACGGAUGGGCUAUUGCAGCAGACGACCACACCAGAUUUCACUCCUAUCAACUAAAAACAAGAAGAAGCGGCUCCAGUGGGCACGCGAUCACCAACACUGGAAAAUUGAGGCGUGGAAAAACAUUGCCUGGUCCAACGAAUCCCGGGUCCUGUUGCGUCAUGCUGAUGGCAGAGUCAGGAUUUGGCAUAAGCAGCAUGAGUCCAUGGCCCCAUCCUGCCUGGUGUCAACGGUACAUGCUGGUGACGGUGGUGUAAUGGUGUGGGGAAUGUUUUCCUGGCACACGUUAGGUUCCUUGAUACCAAUUGAGCAACGUUUCCAUGCCCUGAAUAAUUCAGGCUGUUCUGGAGGCAAAGGGGGGUCUGACCCAAUGCUAGAUGGGUGUACCUAAUAAACUGGCCACUGUGUUUAUAUUCACAAAAGCCUUUGGUUAUUGUAAAUAAGCAUCUGUUCUUCAUUGACCUGCCUGGUAAAGUAAAGGUUUAAUUAAAAUCAAUUUCAAAUCAAUUUCAUUAUUUCAUUAUUUAAAUCUUGUGAAGAGAACUAUUUUCCUGACAGCUUUUCCCCUAGGCAGUAUAGGUGCCACAAAGCGGUACCCUUACCUUAUUAGUGCUGGCACACAGUAUUUGAAUUUUGGAACUUGAUCUUCAUAGAUGUUGUUUAAUGGAGAUGCAAUUCAUUUUUCUGAAUGAGGUUUUUUCUUUUUUUGUUCUCCAACCCCUCAAUUUUUCUGACUCACAUAUCCUUCCUCUAAAUGUUUGUCCUUAUGUUAUCCACUGUACAUCCCCCCAUCCUCCACUCAUUCUCAUUCCCCCCUCUCUCUCUCUCUCUCCCCAGGUCUUGGCCUGGCCUCCAUGGUGAUAGUGUUCUUCUGUAACACCUACUACAUUAUGAUCCUGGUGUGGGGCCUGUACUUCCUGCUUCACUCCUUCACCAACCCGUUACCCUGGGCUACCUGCGGACACCCCUGGAACACCCUCAACUGCACCGAAAACUUCCGCCGGGCUUGCCACAACCGCAGCGCCCUGCCUCUCCUCUCCUCCACCCCCGAUCCCUCUAACCCCACCUCCCUCCUCUCGUCCAUGGUAUCCUCCCCACUCAACCUCUCAUCCUCUACUCUGCUCCUCUUCAACGGCAGCUGCGUGGAACCAGAGGGCAUGCGCUCGCCAGUCAUUGAGUUCUGGGAGUAAGUGAUCUGUGGUCUGUUGUGUUGGGUUGGUCAUAGGGCUGACUACCUAACCAUAGGUUAUUGGUUGUCUAUCUGUCCAUUCUUUUCAUCUGACCUUUCUCUCUCUCUCCCUCUCUCUCUCUCUCUCUCUUUCUCUCUCUCUGUGUGUGUCAGGCGUAAGGUGCUGCGUCUCUCUGGUGGUCUGGAUGAGCCUGGUGACAUCAGCUCUCACAUGGUCCUCUGUCUGAUCGCCACCUGGGUUAUUGUUUACUUCUGCAUCUGGAAGGGAGUCAAAGGCACAGGCAAGGUCAGUGAACGUGUGUGUGUGUGUGUGGGUGUAAGGAUAUGUCUCGUGCUUUGCUUAGCUUAAGUUAAGGUAAGAUACAGGGUUUUUUCAGCAUAGAAAAGUAUUUUUGGUCCAAACAGUAUAAAAACAAAACAUGUAGCUACAUUAACAAGAAUGGAAUCUCUGUGUUCUUGUGAGUGUAGCUUUAGAGCUUUGUCCAUUCUCCACUUUGCCCUCUGACCCCAAAGCAGCUUUAGUACAGAUCAUAAUGUCUAGACUGACAAAUAUAAUCAGACACACUUAUAAGCACACAUGUAAAAUCAACUAAUACAGUGAGGGAAAAAAGUAUUUGAUCCCCUGCUGAUUUUGUACGUUUGCCCACUGACAAAGACAUUAUCAGUCUAAAAUUUUAAUGGUAGGUUUAUUUGAACAGUGAGAGACAGAAUAACAACAAACAAAUCCUGAAAAACGCAUGUCAAAAAUGUUAUACAUUUAUUUGCAUUUUAAUGAGGGAAAUAAGUAUUUGACCCCCUCUCAAUCAGAAAGAUUUCUGGCUCCCAGGUGUCUUUUAUACAGGUAACAAGCUGAGAUUAGGAGCACACUCUUAAAGGGAGUGCUCCUAAUCUCAGUUUGUUACCUGUACAAAAGACACCUGUCCACAGAAGCAAUCAAUCAAUCAGAUUCCAAACUCUCCACCAUGGCCAAGACCAAAGAGCUCUCCAAGGAUGUCAUGGACAAGAUUGUAGACCUACACAAGGCUGGAAUGGGCUACAAGACCAUCGCCAAGCAGCUUGGUGAGAAGGUGACAGCAGUUGGUGCGAUUAUUCGCAAAUGGAAGAAACACUAAAGACCUGUCAAUCUCCCUCGGCCUGGGGCUCCAUGCAAGAUCUCACCUCGUGGAAUUGCAAUGAUCAUGAGAAUGGUGAGGAAUCAGCCCAGAACUACACAGGAGGAUCUUGUCAAUGAUCUCAAGGCAGCUGGGACCAUGGUCACCAAGAAAACAAUUGGUAACACACUACGCCGUGAAGGACUGAAAUCCUGCAGCGCCCGCAAGGUCCCCCUGCUCAAGAAAGCACAUAUACAGGCCCGUCUGAAGUUUGCCAAUGAACAUCUGAAUGAUUCAGAGGAGAACUGGGUGAAAGUGUUGUGGUCAGAUGAGACCAAAAUGGAGCUCUUUGGCAUCAACUCAACUCGCCGUGUUUGGAGGAGGAGGAAUGCUGCCUAUGACCCCAAGAACACCAUCCCCACCGUCAAACAUGGAGGUGGAAACAUUAUGCUUUGGGGGUGUUUUUCUGCUAAGGGGACAGGACAAUUUCACCGCAUCAAAAGGACGAUGGACGAGGCCAUGUACCGUCAAAUCUUGGGUGAGAACCUCCUUCCCUCAGCCAGGGCAUUGAAAAUGGGUCGUGGAUGGGUAUUCCAGCAUGACUAUGACCCAAAACACACGGCCAAGGCAACAAAGGUGUGGCUCAAGAAGAAGCACAUUAAGGUCCUGGAGUGGCCUAGCCAGUCUCCAGACAUUAAUCCCAUAGAAAAUCUGUGGAGGGAGCUGAAGGUUCAAGUUGCCAAACGUCAGCCUCGAAACCUUAAUGACUUGGAGAAGAUCUGCAAAAGAGGAGUGGGCCAAAAUCCCUCCUGAGAUGUGUGCAAACCUGGUGGCCAAUUACAAGAAACGUCUGACCAACAAGGGUUUUGCUACCAAGUACUAAGUAAUGUUUUGCAGAGGGGUCAAAUACUUAUUUCCCUCAUUAAAAUGCAAAUCAAUUUAUAAAAUUUUUGACAUGUGUUUUUCUGGAUUUUUUUGUUGUUAUUCUGUCUCUCACUGUUCAAAUAAACCUACCAUUAAAAUUAUAGACUGAUCAUGUAUUUGUCAGUGGGCAAACGUACAAAAUCAGCAGGGGAUCAAAUACUUUUUUCCCUCACUGUAUGUGUGACUGGAAAAACACUCGUUCUCUUGAGUACGUUCUUGUGAGGACGAGAGUGUGGAGAAUGCAUAAAACAUUACAUUUCAGAAUCACUCGCAUUCCCCCUACUGUAUUACCUCCCGCUGCACCUCCCCAUUCACAGAACCUUCUUCCAGCGAGGUUAAUGGCAACAAGAGCGACAAAACCAGAUACAGUGCAUUCGGAAAGUAUUCAGACCCCUUGACUUUUUCCAAAUGUUGUUACGUUACAGCCUUAUUCCAAAAUGGAUUAAAAUAAUAAUAAUGUCCUCAUCAAUCUACACACAGUACCCCAUAAUGACAAAGCAAAAACAGGUUUUUAGAAUUUUUUGCAAAUUUAUAAAAAACAACAACCCUGAAAUAUCACAUUUACAUAAGUAUUCAGACCCUUUACUCAGUACUUUGUUGAAGCACCUUUGGCAGCGAUUACAGCCUCAAGUCUUCUUGGGUAUGAUGCUACAAGCUUGGCACACCUGUAUUUGGGGAGUUUCUCCCAUUCUUCUCUGCAGAUCCUCUCCAGCUCUGUCAGGUUGUAUGGGGAGCGUCGCUGCACAGCUAUUUUCAGGUCUCUCCAGAGAUGUUAGAUUGGGUUCAAGUCCGGGCUCUGGCUGGGCCACUCAGUGACAUUCAGAGACUUGUCCCGAAGCCACUCCUGCAUUAUCUUGGCUGUGUGCUUAGGGUUGUUGUCCUGUCGGCAGGUGAACCUUUUCCCCAGUCUGAGGUCCUGAGCGCUAUGGAGCAUGAUGCUGCCACCACCAUGCUUCACCGUAAGGGUGGUGGCAAGUUUCCUCCAGACGUAACGCUUGGCAUUCAGGCCAAAGAGUUCAAUCUUGGUUUCAUCAGACCAGAGAAUCUUGUUUCUCAUGGUCUGAGAGUCCUUUACGUGCCUUUUGGCAAACUCCAAGCGGGCUGUCAUGUGCCUUUUACUGAGGAGUGGCUUCCGUCUGGCCCCUCUACCAUAAACGCCUGAUUGGUGGAGUGCUGCAGAGAUGAUUGUCCUUCUGGAAGGUUCUCCCAUUUCCACAGAGGAACUCUGGAGCUCUGUCAGAGUGACCAUCGGGUUCUUGGUCACCUCCCUGACCAAGAUCCUUCUCCCCCCGAUUGCUCAGUUUGGCCGGGCGGCCAGCUCUAGGAGGAGUCUUGGUGGUUCCAAACUUCUUCCAUUCAAUAAUGAUUGAGACCACUGUGUUCUUGGGGACCUUCAAUGCUGCAGAAAUGUUUUGGUACACUUUCCCAGAAGAGCUGUAUGGACAAUUCCUUCGACCUCAUGGCUUGGUUUUGCUCUGACAUGCACUGUCAACUGUGGGACCUUAUAUAGACUGGUGUGUGCCUUUCCAAAUCAUGUCCAAUCAACUGAAUAUAUCACAGGUGGACUCCAAUCAAGUUGUAGAAACAUUUCAAGGAUGAUAAAUGCACCUGAGCUCAAUUUCAAGUCUCAUAGCAAAGGGCCUGAAUACUUAUGUAAAUAAGGUAUUUCUGUUUUUUAUUUUUGCACACAAAAAAUAUAAUCUGUUUUCGCUUUGUCAUUAUGGGGUAUUGUGUGUAUAUUGAUGAGGAAACUGUUUGUUUAUUUAAUCCAUUUUAGAAUAAGGCUGUAACGUAACAAAAUGUGGGAAAAGUCAAGGGGUCUGAAUACUUUCCGAAUGCAUUGUAUACCAGUGUUUCCGCUGCAUUCAUUUUGCUGUGGGGCUGUGCCACGGCAGAAUCAUUGCCGCCACGCAACAAAAAAUAUAUAGAACAUGAACAAAUAUUUCUGCUGAGGCGCAUUUUGAAGAUGCUAGAACAUUCCACGUGUACUUUUCCUCUGCAAACAAAACAAGUAAUUAAUAGAAAAAUCUAACAACCCCAUAGUAGAAUAGUUUAUUUACCUAGUCGGCUUGUUGUUGUGUUCUAUGCUAGAUAAAUAUUCCUCUUGUGGCGCAUUCAUGUUAUACAUGUGGUCCUCUGUAGCUCAGCUGGUAGAGCACGGCGCUUGUAACACCAAGGUAGUGGGUUCGAUCCCCGGGACCACCCAUACACAAAAAAUGUAUGCACGCAUGACUGUAAGUCGCUUUGGAUAAAAGCGUCUGCUAAAUGGCAUAUUAUUAUAUUAUAUUAUACAGUGGCUUGCGAAAGUAUUCACCCCCCCUUGGCAUUUUUCCUAUUUUGUUGCCUUACAACCUGGAAUUAAAAUUGAUUUUUGUGGGGUUUGUAUCAUUUGAUUUACACAACAUGCCUACCACUUUGAAGAUGGAAAAUAUUUUUUGGGGUGAAAAAAACAAGACAAAAAAACAGAAAACUUGAGCGUGCAUAACUAUUCACCCCCCCCCCAAAGUCAAUACUUUGUAUAGCCACCUUUUGCAGCAAUUACAGCUGCAAGUCUCUUGGGGUAUGUCUCUAUAAGCUUGGCACAUCUAGGCACUGGGAUUUUUGCCCAUUCUUCAAGGCAAAACUGCUCCAGCUCCUUCAAGUUGGAUGGGUUCCGCUGGUGUACAGCAAUCUUUAUGUCAUACCACAUAUUCUCAAUUGGAUUGAGGUCUGGGCUUUGACUAGGCCAUUCCAAGACAUUUAAAUGUUUCCCCUUAAACCACUCGAGUGUUGCUUUAGCAGUAUGCGUAGGGUCAUUGUCCUGCUGGAAGGUGAACCUCCGUCCCAGUCUAAAAUCUCUGGAAGACUGAAACAGGUUUCCCUCAAGAAUUUCCCUGUAUUUAGCGCCAUCCAUCAUUCCUUCAAUUCUGACCAGUUUCCCAGUCCCUGCCGAUGAAAAACAUCCCCACAGCAUGAUGCUGCCACCACCAUGCUUCACUGUGUGGAUGGUGUUCUCGGGGUGAUGAGAGUUGUUGGGUUUGCGCCAGACAUAGCGUUUUCCUUGAUGGCCAAAAAGCUUAAUUUUAGUCUCAUCUGACCAGAGUACCUUCUUCCAUGUGUUUGGGGAGUCUCCCACAUGCCUUUUGGCGAACACCAAACUUGUUUGCUUAUUUCUUUCUUUAAGCGAUGGCUUUUUUCUGGCCACUGUGUAGUGUACGGCUUAAAGUGGUCCUAUGGACAGAUACUCCAAUCUCCGCUGUGGAGCUUUGCAGCUCCUUCAUGGUUAUCUUUGGUCUCUUUGUUGCCUCUCUGAUUAAUGCCCUCCUUGCCUGGUCCGUGAGUUUUGGUGGGCGGCCCUCUCUUGGCAGGUAUGUUGUGGUGCCAUAUUCUUUCCAUUUUUUAAUAAUGGAUUUAAUGGUGCUCCGUGAGAUGUUCAAAGUUUUGGAUAUUUUUUUAUAACCCAACCCUGAUCUGUACUUCUCCACAACUUUGUCCCUGACCUGUUUGGAGAGCUCCUUGGUCUUCAUGGUGCAGCUUGCAUGGUGGUGCUGCAGACUCUGGGGCCUUUCAGAACAGGUGUAUAUAUACUGAGAUCAUGUGACAGAUCAUGUGACACUUAGAUUGCACACAGGUGGACUUUAUUUAACUAAUUAUGUGACUUCUGAAGGUAAUUGGUUGCACCAGAUCUUAUUUAGGGGCUUCAUAGCAAAGGGGGUGAAUACAUAUGCAUGCACCACUUUUCAGUUUUUUAUGUUUAAUAAUUUUUUGAAACAAGUUACUUUUUUCAUUCCACUUCACCAAUUUGGACUAUUUUUUGUAUGUCUAUUACAUGAAAUCCAAAUAAAAAUCCAUUUAAAUUACAGGUUGUAAUGCAACAAAAUAGGAAAAACACCAAGAGGGAUGAAUACUUUUGCAAGGCACUGUAUGUGCCAUACGAAAGGAAACAUGCAUUCUGACAAGCAGUCAAUGCACAACAAAACAGCAGUUUUAAUGGCUUUUGUUAAAAACAGGGGAAUCCCAGCUUUCCAUUCCUACUUUAUUUAUUUCUCAACUCCUAAAUAUGCGCAAACUGCGCAAUUUUAAACCCAGGGUUUUUGCAGAAGCAUGGUUAAGCACGUUACCACUCCGCAAUUAGUAAUGAUUAGCCCAAUAGGGUAAAUGCAGAUAGGCAACCCCAUGCUUCAGCCUAUUUAUUUACACUUUGCUGCAUCAGUUGAGCUAAAGGUGAUCAUGUUUAUUGCUAAUAGCAUAUCUGAUAAUAUGGACCAUGCGUAGGCUAUAUACUGUACAUGGCCCAUUAUGUUAAAAACAUUUUAACAAAUAAUUUUACCAAUGUGUUAUUGGGCUAAUUUCUGGAGGUGGACAUUAUAUUUUAGAUGGUGUCAGCAUACUUAUUUUCAUUCAUUUUGGAGUAGAAUGUCCUUUUAAAAAGUCACCAGAACUGAGCUCCUCAGUACUUCUACAUAAGAAUUAUAGGAGGGACCUCUCCCCCCUCCCCCCCCCCUCCCCCUUCAACCCCACUCCGCGACCUUUUCCCCCCACUGCUACACAUUUUUACAGAGGAAACACUGCUGUAUACACAAAGCAAUCAUUUUACUUCAUAAUUAUCAGCUAGCUAUAUGUGAAUCGUAAUAAUCUAGCUAGCCAGCUAGUUAAACAGGCAAAAAUGACCUACAAAUAGUGUUAUGCAAGGUAGAUAUCAAUUUUUCUAGGGUAGCUAGCUACCAAUUAUUCGUGGCUAGCUAGUUGGCCAGUUAGCCCUAUUGACUUACUAUGAUGGACUUACCCAUUCACUGAACCUUCUUCCAGCCAGGACAAGAUGUAAAUUCUUCGUGGGUAGCUAGCUAGCUAAUAAUACUUUGUGGCUAUCUGGCUAGCUAACAGUAGUAGCUAGCCAGUUAGCCCUAUUGACAUACUAUUGGCUUGCGAUCUACGUACACUACAGUGGGUAUUGUAGGCAGGUAAACAUGGCAAAAUUAACACAGCAUGUAUUUAUUAACUUAUCAAAAUAAAAUAUUGUAGUCAGGCAACAUAUCAGAUGUGAAUGGGCAACAUCUCAUUCUGAUGUCAGUUUAUUUUCUCUUGCUUCAGUUCAAAUAAUAAUAGCCACCAUUGAUUUCAAUACAUUUGCAAAUACUUUCUGUAAAUACUUUCCAAUGAAGCUUGCAUCGAUGCAUGCUUCAAAAUAUGUACAAACGGAGUAUGCAAUCGAGAAGUACCCCCUUCGUGCUCCGUUUCGCUUACUUUGAUUUGGACUCAAUCCAAAUGCCCGGAGCACGGUAGUAUGCAUUUUGACAAACACCCACAGUCUCAACUUGGAGCGGCUUUGUUUCCCAGGCAUAGCUCAAAUAAUAUCUAGUAGGAGAGGCUGUGUGUGUGGGCAUAAUGUGCAUGUGGGUAGGCCUACUGUAUGUAAGCAUGUUUGUUUAUGUGGUUUUAUGUAUCUGUACAUAUAAUUGUGUCUAUGUAGGUAUGCAUACGUGCUUAGCUUAUGUGUUCCACAGUAAUAGCCAAAGGUCACAGAGCAGGGUGAAAACAAGGAGGGUAAUUGAGCCGGCCACUUAAGCCGAUUAGUAACUUUCCCCUCCGUGUGCAUUUGAGGGCCGGGGGGCGGGUAGGGGGGGUCCCUGCAGAUCAAGGCAAAUAUGUUCAUUUUUUACUCAACUUUAUUAAAUACGGUUAGGAGGCUCUAACACGAGAUUACCAAAGGAUACCGGGAAAUCGCUUUCUCAGCAAAACCUCACAGCCCUAGCCUGGUUCCAAAUCUGCAUAUGUGCUUCAGGGAAGAGAACAGAGCUGUGAAGGAGUGACUGCUCAGCUGCAGUGUCCCUGUAAAACCAAGGAGUUAUUAUUUAACUGUGUGUGCAUGUUGGUGUUCAUGCUGUGUUCCCUUCCCUGUAGGUAGUGUACUUCACAGCUCUGUUUCCUUCCCUGUAGGUAGUGUACUUCACAGCUCUGUUUCCUUCCCUGUAGGUAGUGUACUUCACAGCUGUGUUCCCUUCCCUGUAGGUAGUGUACUUCACAGCUCUGUUCCCUUCCCUGUAGGUAGUGUACUUCACAGCUCUGUUCCCUUCCCUGUAGGUAGUGUACUUCACAGCUCUGUUCCCUUCCCUGUAGGUAGUGUACUUCACAGCUCUGUUCCCUUCCCUGUAGGUAGUGUACUUCACAGCUCUGUUCCCUUCCCUGUAGGUAGUGUACUUCACAGCUCUGUUCCCUUCCCUGUAGGUAGUGUACUUCACAGCUCUGUUUCCUUCCCUGUAGGUAGUGUACUUCACAGCUCUGUUUCCUUCCCUGUAGGUAGUGUACUUCACAGCUCUGUUUCCUUCCCUGUAGGUAGUGUACUUCACAGCUCUGUUUCCUUCCCUGUAGGUAGUGUACUUCACAGCUCUGUUUCCUUCCCUGUAGGUAGUGUACUUCACAGCUCUGUUUCCUUCCCUGUAGGUAGUGUACUUCACAGCUCUGUUUCCUUCCCUGUAGGUAGUGUACUUCACAGCUCUGUUCCCUUCCCUGUAGGUAGUGUACUUCACAGCUCUGUUCCCUUCCCUGUAGGUAGUGUACUUCACAGCUCUGUUCCCUUCCCUGUAGGUAGUGUACUUCACAGCUCUAUUCCCUUACCUGGUCCUGGUGGUUCUGUUGGCCCAUGGUGUAACCUUACCUGGAGCGCUGGAUGGGAUUGUGUACUACCUGAAACCAGACUGGUCCAAACUCUGGGAAGCCCAGGUAUGGUGUGUACAGUACAAACAGUAUGUGUUGGUAUGUGCGUAUGUGUUGCACAGGGAUAUGCAAAGAUUAUUUUAACAUAAGUAUUAAUGUUGUCUUCCUAGGUGUGGAUCGAUGCUGGCACUCAGAUCUUCUUCUCCUAUGCUAUUGGUCUGGGUGCUUUAACCGCCCUGGGCAGCUACAACCGCUUCCACAACAACUGCUACCAGUAAGUUUGACAAAAAAGCACAGCUAGACCAAAAAACACAUCAACCACUGCUACCAAACAUGACCACAAAUUCGAUCCCCCAAAAAAACUGCAAGCAUAAUUAGUUAUUGGUUAUGCAUCUUUAUUUUUAGUAGGCUAAAAUGUAAGAGAGAAAAAAGCAUUAUCUUGAACUUCCAUUGUUCUCCCAAGAGUGUCUGAGUAUAACAUCUAAAUAAUCAGAGUGAGUCAGCUCCCUCAAUAGUCCCACUGCUGCAGCAGGUCUGGGUUGACUGGCUCAGAUGCUUCUAGCAUGUGUUUAGCCUAAACUGACUCAGAAAUGUAAACAAACCCAACUUCCUAAAAUGGCAGUUUUCUGGACGUUGCCAAUAAUAGGGAUGCCUUUUAAUAGAUGCCAAGUCUCGAUACUAACGUUAGGCCUUAGCAGGAAUUUAUGGAAUGUCCAUUUAGUAUCCUUUCAAUGGCUAUUUUCUAUUCUCUUUUUUUAAACCUUAGUUAGAAAUGUACAUGCAGUCUCAGUUAUGAAGGUAUUCAUGUCAGCUAGUCAUGGCCCUCUGAUGUAGGCUAGAUGAUAACCAUAAACUGUAAAUGAGGGUAAACUGAGAGUAUGAGAGAGUUUGAGUUUUGGUUUGGUUUGUAGGCCUAGUUGAUGACUGAGCUGAUGAAACAAUGCUUCAUCAUCAGAGACCAAUCAGCACAUUCACCUCCUGUCCACCAAUCAGCACGUUCACCUCCUGUCCUCACAGCUUUACAGGAUCUCAUUAACUUGUGUUUCUCAAUGGUUGUCUUGAAUGAACACUUAACACUUCAUCCAUCUAUCUCUAUGUUGUGCUAUUUGUCCACAAAUUACUCUCAACAUACAGGAGCCAUGAACUAAAUCAUCAAAUCAAAUUGUAUUUGUCACAUACACGUGUUUAGCAGAUGUUAUUGCGGGAGUUGCGAAAUGCUUUUGCUUCUAGCUCCGACAGUGCAGUAAUAUCUAACAAUUUCACAACAUAUAACCAAUACACACAAAUAAAUCUAAGUAAGGAAUGGAAUUUAAGAAUAUAAACAUAUAUGGACAAGCGAUGACAGCAAUGACAGAGCGGCAUGGACUAAGAUACAGUGGAAUAUUAUAGAAUACAGUAUAUACAUAUGAGAUGAGUAAUGCAAGAUAUGUAAACAUUAUUAAAGUGACUAGUGUUCCAUUUCUUAAAGUGGCCAGUGAUUUCAAUAGGCAGCAACAGCCUCUAAUGAGCUAGUGAAGGCUAUUUAACAGUCUGAUGGCCUUGAGAUAGAAGCUGUUUUUCAUUCUCUUGGUCCCAGCUUUGAUGCACCUGUACUGACCUCGCCUUCUGGAUGAUAGCGGGGUGAACAGGCAGUGGCUCGGGUGGUUGAUGUCCUUGAUGAUCUUUUUGGCUUUCCUGUGACAUUGGGUGCUGUAGGUGUCCUGGAGGGCGGGUAGUUUUCCCCCGGUAAUGCAUUCGGCAGACCGCACCACCCUCUGGAGAGCCCUGUGGUUGCGGGCGGUGCAGUUGUCGUACCAGGCGGUGAUACAGCCCGACAGGAUGCUCUCAAUUGUGCAUCUGUAAAAGUUUGUGAGUUUUUUUACAAUUUUUUUAUUUAUUUCACCUUUAUUUAACCAGGUAAGCCAGUUGAGAACAAGUUCUCAUUUACAACUGCGACCUGGCCAAGAUAAAGCAAAGCAGUGCGAUAAAAACAACAACAACACAGAGUUACAUAUGGAAUAAACAAAACGUACAGUCAAUAGCACAAUAGAAAAUCUGUAUACAGUGUGUGCAAAUGUAGUAAGUUAUGGAGGUAAGGCAAUAAAUAGGCCAUAGUGCAAAAUAAUUAAAAUUUAGUAUUAACACUGAAGUGAUAGAUGUGCAGAAGAUGAUGUGCAAAUAGAGAUACUGGGGUGCAAAUGAGCAAAAUAAAUAACAAUAUGGGGAUGAGGUAGUUGGGUGGGCUAAUUACAGAUGGGCUGUGUACAGGUGCAGUGAUCAGUAAGCUGCUCUGACAACUGAUGCUUAAAGUUAGUGAGGGAGAUAAGAGUCUCCAGCUUCAGAGAUUUUUGCAGUUCGUUCCAGUCAUUGGCAGCAGAGAACUGGAAGGAAUGGCAGCCAAAGGAGGUGUUGGCUUUGUGGAUGACCAGUGAGAUAUACCUGCUGGAGCGCAUACUACGGGUGGGUGUUGCAAUGGUGACCAAUGAGCUAAGAUAAGGCUGGGAUUUGCCUAGCAGUGAUUUAUAGAUGACCUGGAGCCAGUGGGUUUGGCGACAAAUAUGUAGUGAGGGCCAGCCAACGAGAGCGUACAGGUCACAAUGGUGGGUAGUAUAUGGGGCUUUGGUGACAAAACGGAUGGCACUCUGAUAGACUACAUCCAAUUUGCUGAGUAGAGUGUUGGAGGCUAUUUUGUAAAUGACAUCACCGAAGUCAAGGAUCGGUAGGAUAGUCAGUUUUACGAGGGCAUGUUUGGCAGCAUGAGUGAAGGAGGCUUUGUUGCGAAAUAGGAAGCCGAUUCUAGAUUUAACUUUGGAUUGGAGAUGCUUAAUGUGAGUCUGGAAGGAGAGUUUACGGUCUAACCAGACACCUAGGUAUUUGUAGUUGUCCACAUAUUCUAUGUCAGACCCGCAGAGAGUAGUGAUUCUAGUCGGGCGGGCGGGUGCAAGCAGCGUUCGAUUGAAGAGCAUGCAUUUAGUUUUACUAGCGUUUAAGAGCAGUUGGAGGCUACUGAAGGAGUGUUGUAUGGCAUUGAAGCUCGUUUGGAGGUUUGUUAACACAGUGUCCAAUGAAGGGCCAGAUGUAUACAAAAUGGUGUCGUCUGCAUAGAGGUGGAUCUGAGAGUCACCAGCAGCAAGAGCAACAUCAUUGAUAUACACAGAGAAAAGAGUCGGCCCGAGAAUUGAACCCUGUGGCACCCCCAUAGAGACUGCCAGAGGUCCAGACAACAGGCCCUCCGAUUUGACACAUUGAACUCUAUCUGAGAAGUAGUUGGUGAACCAGGCGAGGCAGUCAUUUGAGAAACCAAGGCUAUUUAGUCUGCCAAUAAGAAUGCGGUGGGCAAGUUGCAGCGGAGGGUGCAGAGCUGGUGGCCGGGGUAGGGGUAGCCAGGUGGAAAGCAUGGCCAGCCGUAGCAAAAUGCUUGUUGAAAUUCUCGAUUAUCGUAGAUUUAUCGGUGGUGACAGUGUUUCCUAGCCUCAGUGCAGUGGGCAGCUGGGAGGAGGUGCUCUUAUUCUCCAUGGACUUUACAGUGUCCCAAAACGUUUUGGAGUUAGUGCUACAGGAUGCACAUUUCUGUUUGAAAAAGCUAGCCUUUGCUUUCCUAACUGAUUGUGUAUAUUGGUUCCUGAAUUCCCUGAAAAGUUUUGAUGCUAAUGCAGUACGCCACAGGAUGUUUUUGUGCUGGUCAAGGGCAGUCAAGUCUGUUCUUAGUUCUGAAUUUUUUGAACGGGGCAUGCUUAUUUAAGAUGGAGAGGAAAGCACUUUUAAAGAACAACCAGGCAUCCUCUACUGACAGAAUGAGGUCAAUAUCCAUCCAAGAUACCCGGGCCAGGUCAAUUAGAAAGGCCUGCUCGCUAAAGUGUUUUAGGGAGCGUUUGACAGUGAUGAGGGGUGGUUGUUUGACCGCGGACCCAUUACGGACGCAGGCAAUCAGUCAGUGAUCCUUGAGAUCCUGUUUGAAGACAGCGGAGGUGUAUUUAGAGGGUAAAUUAGUCAGGAUGAUAUCUAUGAGGGUGCCCAUGUUUACGGAUUUAGGGUUGUACCUGGUAGGUUCCUUGAUAAUUUGUGUGAGAUUGAGGGCAUCUAGUUUAGAUUGUAGGACAGCCGGGGUGUUAAGCAUAUCCCAGUUUAGGUCACCAAGCAGUACGAACUCUGAGGAUAGAUGGGGGGCAAUCAAUUCACAUAUGGUGUCCAGGGCACAGCUGGGGGCUGAGGGGGGUCUGUAGCAAGCGGCAACAGUGAGAGACUUAUUUCUGGAAAGGUGGAUUUUUAGAAGUAGAAGCUCAAACUGUUUGGGCACAGACCUGGAUUUUAGGUGCCAAGCCAAAUUUCUUCAGCCUCCUGAGGUUGAAGAGGCUCUGUUGCGCCUUCUUCACCACACUGUCUGCGUGGGUGGACCAUUUCAGUUUGUCAGUGAUGUGUACACCAAGGAACUUGAAGCUUUCCACCUUCUCCGCUGCGGUCCCGUCGAUGUGGAUGAUGAUUCCAAAUGCAUCCUGAUGCUGACUGUUUGGAUUGUUGUUGCAUAAAGCAACAGCAAUGCUACAAAGCUCAAGUAUGCAGGUCAUGUUGUUGUGUACACACUCCUGGUAUAGCUGGCUCUUAAUAAGGGCACAAUGGGGCUUGUUGGUGGGACAGAGUUGGCAGGAUUACUCAGUGUUAUCUACAGGGAGGCUAAUCCAUCUCAGGGAGGAUAGGACAGGGCUGUUUCUUCCCACAUAAAAAUAUACUACAGUUUACUAUAGAAUACUACAGUAGUUACUAUAGAAUUCCGUAGUAUACUGUAGAAUACUAUACUAGAUGUGUAUUUCUUAAUAUAGAAUGUUGUAGAAUACUAUAGUACAGCCUUUCUUAAAGUAUGGGUCGCGACCCAAAGUGGGUCACGGACCUGUUAAUAGUGGGUCGCGACGUGUCAGAGUAAAUGUAUAAUUAUUUCAUUAAUUACUGGACUUGAUUUGGCCAAGUGCAACUGCGCUCUCUGUUCAGUGCGCUCUCUGCUUAGCAGCGGUGCCUCUGCUCAGUUUGGCAGAUGCGUGAGUUGGAGGGAGAUGUGCGUGUACUUCGUGGUUUAGAAUAUAUUUUUUAUCGGCAGUUUUCUUGAAGAUCACUCCGCGACCCCCACGCUGCAGCGCUGUCGUUCAGCAGCAGAUGAUGCGCUGAAAGCCACUGACUUGUAAUUCCCACUCGCUAUCAUCGAAUUGACUCAAGCUAGCCACCCCGUUCUGACGGAGCUCAAUCGUCAUGAAACGCAAACACAGCGAUAAGUUUCUCUCUCUUGAUUUCAUACAAACUUUGAGAAAUAAUGAGGAGCGCCCACAAUGUGUUUUGUGCGGGGAAGUGCUUAGUAAUGAGUCUCUCAAAACGAACAAAUUAAAAACGACACGUCGUGACCAAACAUCCACAGCAUGACGGUAAACCUAGGGACUUCUUUCAGAACAGGGCAGAGUGCUUCAGGAAACAGUGCUUCCACAGUGGAAGAGUAAGUCAGCUAGCAAGGCAUUGUUGUCAUUUUAUAACAGGUGAUGAUGGCACUGUAAGCAGAAAUAAGAGAGUACUAUCGCUCAUAGUAGUUGAUGUGUUUCUCUUUCAAACAAUCCCCUUGUACACAGCUAAUAGCUAGCUACCCUAAGUAACAGUACAGAUUAAAAAUGAUCAGGCCUACUGUACAUAUUACUGUAGAAAUUAUUGUUGAAAACAAGUCUAGGUUGGAACUGUUGCUGUUAAAAUACAAGUAAUCAUUUUUAUUCUGAACUGGAAUAAACUGAUUGAAGCAAGAUGCUUUUUGAGGCAAACACACUCACACAGUUCUGGGUUUCUCAUCUACUGGACUAGUACAGCAGGAAGCGGUCUCCUGACUGAGAAAGCAGUAGAUGUUCUGAUCCAGUUUGGCACCAGAUACCUAUGCGAGUCAGGGUUCUCAACUCUGGCAUACUUAAAAAACAAGUACAGAACAGACUCAAGGCCGUGGAUGACCUCAGGGUUGCACUGUCAAAAACGGAGCCCAGAAUAGACCUGCUUGUUGAAAACUUCAACCAGCCACACACCUCUCAUUAGGAUUGUGUGUGUGUGUUUGUUUUCUGGUCUACAUCUGUGUGAUGUGAUCAGUUUAUUCCAGUUCGUAAUACAAAUUAUGUAUUGUAUUUUAACAGUCACAGUUCCAACCUAGACUUGUUUUCAACAAUCAUUUCUACAGUAAUAUGUACAGUAGGCCUGACCAUUUUUCAUCUGUACUGUUACUUAUGGUUGGACUAUCAGGGUUGCACUAUCAAAAACUGAGCCUGUGUGUGUGUGUGUGUGUUCUGUUAGACAUUUGUGUGAUGUGAUCAAUCAGUUUAUUCCUGUUCAGAAUGAAAAUUAUUUCUUGUAUUUUAACAGCAACAGUCCCAACCUAUACAGAUAUGUAAGAGUGUUUUUAAUGGGUAACAAUAAACAUGAAUAGAUUUCAUUUCAUUGUUAUUAGUUUUUGUCUAUAUUGCAUUUGUUUUAGGCUUAAGGGCAAUGUAAUAUACCCAUAUUUACUUAUAGUUGCAUGUUUUCAUAAGCUUGGGUCCCUGGAAAACACAGAAUUUCUAAUUUGGGUCCCAGGCUGAAGAGGUUUAAGAAUCCCUGCUAUAGUAAAUAGUACUAUAGUAAAAUGUCUGCAAAAACACGACACUUUUUUAACUAUAGUAAAUACUACAGUAAUUCAUUUGCAUAUACCCUGCCCAUUCCCCUCCCCCAUAUCCCAAUUUGUGUCACACAUACACUACCGGUCAAAAGUUUGGACACACGUACUCAUUCAAGGGUUUUUCUUUAUUUUUACUAUUUUUUAUCUUGUAGAAUAGUAGUGAAGACAUCUAAACUAUGAAAUAACACAUAUGGAAUCAUGUAGUAACCAAAAAAGUGUUAAACAAAUCAAAAUAUAUUUUAUAUUUGAGAUUCUUCUAAUAGCCACCCUUUGCCUUGAUGAAAGCUUUGCACCUCUUGGGAAUUCUCUCAACCAGCUUCACCUGGAAUGCUUUUCCAACAGUCUUGAAGGAGUUCCCACAUAUGCUGAGCACUUGUUGGCUGCUUUUCCUUCACUGCGGUACGACUCAUCCCAACCCAUCUCAAUUUGGUUGAGGUCGGGGGAUUGUGGAGGCCAGGUCAUCUGAUGCAGCACUCCAUCACUCUCCUUCUUGGUAAAAUAGCCCUUACACAGCCUGGAGGUGUGUUGUGUCAUUGUCCUGUUGAAAAAUAAAUGAUAGUCCCACUAAGCCCAAACCAGAUGGGUUGGCGUAUCGCUGCAGAAUGCUGUGGUAGCCAUGCUGGUUAAGUGUGCCUUGAAUUCUAAAUAAAUCACAGACAGUGUCACCAGCAAAGCACCCCCACACCAUAACAACUCCUCCUCCAUGCUUUACGGUGGGAAAUACACAUGCGGAGAUCAUCCGUUCACCCACACCGCGUCUCACAAAGACACGGCGGUUGGAACCAAAAAUCUCCAAUUUGGACUCCAGACCAAAGGACACAUUUCCACUGGUCUGAUGUCCAUUGCUUGUGUUUCUUGGCCCUAGCAAGUCUCUUCUUAUUAUUGGUGUCCUUUAGUAGUGGUUUCUUUGCAGCAAUUCGACCAUGAAGGCCUGAUUCACACAGUCUCCUCUGAACAGUUGAUGUUGAGAUGUGUCUGUUACUUGAACUCUGUGAAGCAUUUAUUUGGCCUGCCAUUCCUGUGGCGGUCCUUAUGAGAGCCAGUUUCAUCAUAGCGCUUGAUGGUUUUUGUGACUGCACUUGAAGAAACUUUCAAAAUUCUUAAUUUUCCGGAUUGACUGACCUUCAUGUCUUAAAGUAAUGAUGCACUGUCGUUUGUCUUUGCUUAUUUGAGCUGUUCUUGCCAUAAUAUGGACUUGGUCUUUUACCAAAUAGGGCUAUCUUCUGUAUACUACCCCCCCCCCCCCCCCUUCCUUGUCACAACACAACUGAUUGGCUCAAACGCAUUAAGAAGGAAAGAAAUUCCACAAAUUAACUUUUUAAGAAAGCACACCUGUUAAUUGAAAUGCAUUCCAGGUGACUACCUCAUGAAGCUGGUUGAGAGAAUGCCAAGAUUGUGUAAAGCUGUCAUCAAGGCAAAGGUUAGCUAUUUGAAGAAUCUCAAAUUUAAAAUAUAUUUAUGAUUUUUUAAACACUUUUUUGGUUACUACAUGAUUCCAUAUGUGUUAUUUCAUAGUUUUGAUGUCUUCACUAUGUAUCUACAAUGUAGAAAAUAGUUUUAAAAAAUUAAGAUAAACCCUUGAAUGAGUAGGUGUUCUAAAACUUUUGACCGGUAGUGUAAGUGAGAAACCGACAUGCCAAGUAUAGACCAUAUUGUGUUCCAUACAGGUUAUAGAAAAGAGCAGAAGCUCUGAACUAUCUGUUCAGACCCCAGUCCUACCUACAGGUUAUGGACAAUUUGCUAUUUUAGUAUUUUUCCAAUAGGUUUCCUCAAAAGGUAAGCCUCCACUUCUAUGUCAAAGAUAAUACAACUAAAAUACUACAGUAAUGUCAGCAGAAACACUGCAGUAAAUACUACAGUAUAUUACAGUCCGCAAAAACACUGCAGUAAAUACUACAGUAUAUUACAGUCCGCAAAAACACUACAGUAAGUACUACGGUAUACUACAAGCCGCAAAAACACUAUAUUAAUUACUAUAGUAUAUACUACAGUUUUCUUUCACUACAGUAUUUAUACUAUAGUUACCUGUAAAUACUACAGUAUACUACAGUAAAUACUACAGGAAAGUCCGCAAAAACACUACAGUGAAUACUAUAGUGUAUAAAUAUAGGAAUACUACAGUGUUUAGACCAUAGUAUAAUAUAAUAUUUUUUAUCCUAGUCUUUUAAAGUAGCUCAUUUGCUCUUGUGGCUCUAGAGUCGAUAUCCAAAUUACACCGACAACACAGCAGCUAUCAGAGAAAAGCCUAUUGAUCCUCCUGUCUAUUUCUCUCUUUCGCUCUCUCCCCUUCAAGUCCUUCAAUCUAUUUUAGCCUCCAGCUUUCAUCCCAUACUUCUCUUUUCUAGUCUCACUCAUCUUCUCACUAUUACUCGUUCACUAUUAUUACAUCUUUCACUUUCUCUUCAUGUCGUUGCCUAUUUAAUCAUUUGUCUGUCUGUCUGUGUGUAUGUGUUUGUGUAUGUAUGUGUGUGUGUGUGUGUGUUUUGUGUGUGUGUGUGUGUGUGUGUGUGUGUUUUUUGUCGGUGUGUUUGCUUGAUAUCAAUACCAUGUCUUCCUGCUUUUGCAGUCUUUAAUAUUAAAGUCUCUCUGUCUCUGUCUCUCGCUCUCUCUCUCUCUCUCUCUCUCUCUCUCUCUCUCUCUCUCUCUCUCCUCUCUCUCUCUCUCUCUCUCUCUCUCUCUCUCUCUCUCUCUCUCUCCUCGCUCUCUCUGCAGAGAUGCGUUUGUUCUAGCCAUGAUCAACAGUGGGACUAGUUUCUUUGCCGGGUUUGUGGUGUUCUCAGUGCUGGGCUUCAUGGCUGCAGAGCAUGGGGGUAGUACGAGAUCCUAAACCGAAAAUUAAAAAAAAAAACCCCCAAAAAACCAAAGGUUCCUUUUUUUUUCCCCCCCCCCAAAAAACCCCAAAAAAAAAAUUUUUUUUUAAAUUUUCCUUUUCCCCCCCCAAAAAUUUUUUUUUUUUCCCCUUUAAAAAUUUUUUUUUUUUUUUUCCCCCCCCAAAAAAAAAGGCGUUUUUUUUAAAUUUUUUUUUUGGGGGGGGGGGGGUUUUUUUUGGGGGGGUUUUGGGGUUUUGGGGGGGGUUUUUUGGGGGGGGGUUUUUUAAAGGAAUUUUUUCCCUUUUUUAAUUUUUUUAAAAAAUUUUGGGGCCCCCCCCCCCCCCCCCCCCUUUUCCCCCCUUUUUUUUCCCUUUUUUCCCUUUUUUCCCCUCUUUUCCCCCCCCCCCCCCCCAAAAAUUUUUUUUCCCAAAAUUUUCCCCCCCCCUUUUUUUCCGUUUUCCUUUUUUCCCUUUUUUUUUUUUUUUUUGGGGGGGCCCCCCGGGGGGGUUUUUUUUUUUUUAAAAAAUUUUUUUUUUUUGGGGGGGGGGUGGGGGGUUUUUUUUCCCCCCCUUUUUUUUUUAAACCUUUUUUUUCCCCCCUUUUUUUUUUUUUAAAUUUUUUUUUUUUUCCCCCCCCCUUUUUUCCUCUUUUUUUUUUUUUUUUGCCCCGGGGGGGUUUUUUUUUUCCCCCCCUUUUCCCCCCCAAAAAAUUUUUUGGGGGGUUUUUAAAAAACCCCCAAAUUUUUCCCCAAAAAAAACCCCUUUCCCCCUUUUUUUUGGGGGGGGGCCCUUUCCCCCCCCCCCUUUUUCUUUUUUUUAACCAAAAAAUUUUUUUUUUUGGCCCUCCCCCCCUUUCCCCCCCCAAACCCCAAAGGGGGAAAAAAAAACCCCCUUUUUUUUCCCCCCCCCUUUUCCACCCCGGGGGGUUUUUUUUUUUUUUAAAAUUUUUUUUUUUUUCCCCCCCCUUUUUUUUUUUCCCCCUUUUUUUUUUUUUUUUCUUUUUUUUUUCCCCCCCCUUUUUUUUUUUUCCCCCCCCCCAAAAAAACCCCCUUUUCCCCCUUUUUUUCCCCCCCCAAAAAAAUUUUCCCCCCCUUUUUUGGUUUUUCCCCCCUUUUUUCCCCCCCCCCCCUUUUUUUUCCCCCCCUUCCCCCCCCCCCCUUUUUUUCCCUUUCCGGGGGCCCCCCCUUUUCCCCCCCCCUUUUCCCCCCUUUUCCCCCCCCCCCGGGGGAAACCCCCCCUUUUUUUUUUUUUUUUCCCCCCCCCCUUUUCCCCCCCCGGGGGCCCUCUCUCCCCUUCUUUUUCCCCCCUUUUUUUCCCCCCUUUCCCCCCCCCCCCUUUAAACCCCUCCCCCCCCCUUGGGGGGGGGCCCCCGGCCCCCCCGGGUUUUUUUCCCUCCCCCCCCCUUUCUCUCUCUCUCUCCCCCCCCCCCCAAAAAAACCUUUUUUUCCCGGCCCCCUUUUUGGGGCCCCCUUUUUCUUCUUCCCUGCGCUUGUACCCGGGCCUUGGGUAGCCAGGAUAGGGGCCAAAUUCCACAUUCCCAAAACACAGAUGGAUUCUGACAGUUUAUAUUCCCCGGGGGUUUUUUGAACACAUUGUGGGGUUCAACCCAUAGCCACUUUAACCCUUUACUAGUGGGGACAUUUGGGAAAUUGGGGGAUUGUAAUUACUAAGUGCCAUCUUUGUUAGUCCCAGGGGCCCGCAGCCUUGUUCCCAAGCAAAAGAGGCAGUCCCCAAAGAGCCUCUGUCCCUUUCCCCACGAAGCAUUGUCCACUCUCCUCUCUGUUCAAAAUUUUCCCCUCCUUUCCCCUCUCUCCAUCCUUUUCCUUUCCCCUUUUCUAUCUCUCUCUCUCUCUUCUUCCCCUGGCUUUCAAGGACCCAAACACGCUGCUAUAAAUUUUAAAUGUUGUUAAAAUAUCCCGAACCCUUUAAAAUUUUUCAGAUAAAAUUUAAAAUUAUGAGGGGGCAUAAAAACCAAAAUCAAAGUAAAUUUUUGCAGAAAUUAUAUCAAGUAAACUUUUUUCUUUCUUUUUUUUCUCGUUUGGGGGGGGGGGAGGGGGGUUUCGUCACAGGGGUUCCCUGGACAUGCUAAACCUACCCCCCAAAUCCAAAAACCCGGGGGGCCUCCUCGUCGCAGGGGUUUUGUGGGGGCGAUAUUCUGCAUCAAACCCCCCCCGAAACUUUUUUUUUUUCAUCGACCCCCCUCCAGGUUUUUCCCAAAGGGAAGAGGGGCAAAAGGGGGGGAAAAAGGAAUUUGGAAAAAAGAAUGGAAAAAAAGAAAAUUUUUUUUGGGGAAAAGGAAGGGGGGGUUUAAAAGAAACGAAGAAGGGAGUUAUUUUUGUAGUUAUUAUUAGAUCACUGUUUUCAAAAACCAAAAAUAAAAUCUUCCCCCAAAAAAUUUUUUUGUCUUUCCACCCCACCCGGGUCUCUCUUUAACCCCCUUCCUCCUCUUUCCCGCCCCCCCCCCUCUUCUCUCUCUCCCCUCCGUAUUCUCCCUCUCUCUCUUUUCCUCCCCCCUCUCUCUUUUUCUUUUUCUCUCUCUUUUCCCCUCCGGCCCCCUUUUCCCCCCUCCCCCUCCUUCUUUCCUUUCCCCCUCAUCUCUCCCCUUUUCCCCCUUCCCCGCUCUUCCCCUUCCCUUUCUUCCCCCUCCUCUUUUCCUUUCCCCCUCUUUCCCCCUCUCCCCCUCCCUCCCCCUAUUUGUUGGGGGGAUCUCCCCCCCUUUCCCCCCCCUUCCCUUUUCUUGGGGUUUCCCCCCCUCUUUUUCCCCUUUUUCUCUCUCUCCCUCCGUCUCCCUACCCCUCUUCUCUUUCCCCUCCCCUCUCUCUCCUCUCUUCUGCCCCUCUCGUCUUUCUCGUCUCCCCCCCUUCUCUCUCCUUUCUCUCUUCUUCCCCAACCCCUCCCUUCCGGGGCUCCUCUCUCCGUUCUUUUCCCCUCCCCCCGUCUCUCUCCCCCUCUCUCCCCCUUUUCCCCCCCCUCCUUUUCUCCCCCUCCCCCUCCUUGGGCCCCCUCUCUCCCUCCCCCUCUCUCUUUCCUUUCCCCCUCAGGCUCAUCUCAAACUCAUCCUCUCUUACUUUCUUUUCUCCUCCUUUUUCUCCCCUCCCCGGGCCCCCCCUAACUUUUCGUUCUUCCUCUUCCCCUCUCUUUUCCCCCCUCUCUCUCCCCCCUCCUCUCUCUCUCCUCCCCGCCCCCGUCUCCUCCCCCUCCCCUUUCCUCUUUUUCCCUUGUUCCCCCCCCUACUUCUCUUUCCCCCCUCUCCCCCAAUUUUUUUCCCUUUUCCCUUCCAUCUCCAAACCCUCUCCCCUUGCCCUUCUUUUUUUCCCCCUUUGGGGUUUGUUUUUUUCUUUUUUAAUUCAUUUAUCCUCUCCCCUUUACUACUCUGGGACUCUCCUUUCUUUGUGGGUUUUAAAAUUUUCCCCUUCCCCUUUUUUUUCCCCUUUUUGGAAUUUGUUCCUCUUCUUCCCCCUUUCCCUUUUGGCUCCCCCCAAAGGGUUUUUUCCAAAAGAAACAAUUGGGAGGGGGGAAAAAUUUGUGGGCUCAAAAAUUUCUGGGGGUUUUUGUGGGGGUCCUGGGCAGGCAAGGGGAGUGGGGUUUUUUUUGCCCGAGGUUUGUUUGUUAUGGGGGGGCCCCGGACAAAAACUUUUGGGGAAAGGGCUGCAAAAAAAAAUUUUUUGGAAACAAUGGGAAAAUUUUAAAAGGUUCUUUCUUUUUUGGUUAAAUUUUUUUUUUUUCUUUCCCCCUUUUUUCCCCCUUUUCCCUUUUUUCCCCCCCCCAAAAUUCCCCUUUUUUAGUUAUGGGGGCUGUUCGUUAAAUUUUUAAAGGGAAAAAUUUGGGGUUUUAACCGUUUUUCUUCUCAUCCUUUUAUUCUUUUCCCUCUCCCAAACCCCCAAUGUUUCUCUCCUUUCACCCUUUCCUCUCUUUUCUCUCUCCCCUUUCUCCCUCCUUCCUUUUUAAACCCCCCCCUUCUCUCUCUUCCCCUCUUUUCCCCCUUCUCCUUUUCUCCCCUCCCUAAUCUUUUCUUCCCCCCUCUUUUUCUCUCUUCCCGCCCCUUUUCUGUUCCCCCUCUCUCCUCUCCCCAGGGGUUUUUCAGGGAUUUUUUUUCCUGGAUGGGUGUUGGGCUUUUUUGGGGGAUUGGGGUUUGGCUACCGGGGGCCCAUGCCCAAUGAAGGGGGGUGGGUGGUCCUACUCCACCCCUUGUUUUUUUUGGGGAGUUAGCUCAGUGGGGUGUCACACAGAGGAAGGAAAUGUUAAAAAAAACACACACACCCCCCCAGAACAAAGAAACUAGGGGGCCCUUAAAAACCAAAGUGAUUUAAACAUAAUUUUGGGGUAUUUUUGGAAUACCAAGAAAUUUUGGGGUGUGUUCAACCCCUUAUUUGUAAUUAUGGCUUUGGGAUUAAAUCUUUUUAAAUUGACUGUGUUGUUAACUGUUGUGUGUGUAUAGGGAGUGUUCCUGUUCCACGUGGUGAACUACAAGCCCCUGACCUAUAACUCGGUGUAUACGUACCCCUGGUGGGGCGAGGCGCUGGGCUGGUGUCUGGCUCUCUCCUCCAUGCUCUGCAUCCCCAUCACGGUCCUCUACAAACUACUGCGCUGCAAGGGAUCCUUCACAGAGGUACGUGUCUGUGCACGUGUGUGUGUGUGUUUGUUUGUGCGUGUUUGUGCGUGUGUGUGUGUGUUUGUGUGUGUGUGUGUGUGUGUGUGUGUGUGUGAGUGAGACUGGCCUCACACUUCCAUGCUGAGGUGUGAGCAUACUGUUUUUGUGUCUGAGUAGGAACUGUGUUUCCCUGGUGACGUACCCCCUGCCUGCGUUGCCUCUGUGUGUGCCUGACUGUGCUCACUAAACUGUAACACGCUACUACGAAUAUGACUGUCACUGUCUGACUCAUGGUGGUGAAUGUGUGUAACUCGAUCAAUCCGACUGCUGAGUUGAAACUGUUUCCCACGUUAGCUCCUACCCUGCCCUGUUAAUAUGUGUCUGUGACUCUUGGUAGACUUUCACUCUAUCACCCUCUCUCCAUGCUUGACUCAUUUCAUUCAGUGAUAUUUACCCUUAUCUUCCUCUCUCUCGCCCUCCCUCCAUCUAUCUCUCUCUCCCUCCCUGUCUCCCCCUCCGUAGCGUUGGCAGCACCUGACCACUCCGGUGUGGGGUCGACACCACAUGGAGUACCUGGCUCCUGAGUCUGAGGCCAAACUGCUGCCCCCUAAUGGCCAUACCAAGAACACCUUGCUGUUUGAGAGUGUCAUCUGA